AUGAAUCUCUCCCGCUCGACACUUGAUGGGGUCGAGCAUCUCUCAGUUCGGAUCCGACAAGCCUGCGUCAACGACGUGGUUCACCUGCACCGCAUGAACCUGAUCUGCCUGGCUGAGAACUAUCACUCUCAGUACUUUAUCGUCUCGAUACUGAGGUGCCCAACGUUGACUUGGAUCGCCGAGGUGCUCGAGGAGGACGCUGUGCUAGGGAGAUUCUGGAGACCUGUCGGAUACGUGUUCGGGAGGACUCAGCAACCUGAGAAUGCUGAAGUGGAAGGGCAGAUAACUUCGCUUGCAGUCCUGAAGAAGUACAGGAGUCUACAUCUCGGCCGCAAGCUGAUCCAGCGCUGCAUGACGGCCAUGACGGAGUUCUACGACGUGAGGAGGUGCUGCCUGCAUGUCCGGGUGAGCAACAAGGCGGCGAUGAAGCUCUACUGCGAUGUGUUCAACUUCCAGGUGGAAGGCGUGAGGAGCAGGUACUACCCUGACGGAGAAGACGCCUAUUUCAUGUCGAUGGACCUCACUGGAUGGAUCGCAGAGGAGCACCAGGAGUUUGCUAACCAGCAGCAGUUCAUGUCAGAACAUACGGCCAUAGUAUGA